CGAUGCCUGGCGGUGCCGCCGCUGAGGCGGCCGCUCGCUGAAGCGCUCUCAUGGUGCCGGCGCCCGCCGCCGGGGGCCGCGCCCGCCGCCGGCCGCAGCGCCGCCGAAACUUGGGCGAAGUUUCCGAGCGAGUCGGUGCCGGCAUGGCUGGAGAAGGUCGCAAUUCGCAGUUGAGCUGAGGGAGGCGUGAAGCGGCACACAUCCCCUGCUGACAUUUGAGAAUUAGAGGUAUGGAUCUUCGGCAUCUGCUGUUUGCUUUGGCACUGGUCUGUGCAAAUGACUUAGUUUCUGCAAGUGAUGACCUUUCACGGUGGCCACAAAUCAGCAAGUGCAGAUCACCUGAACUGGAGACAUUUUCAUGUUAUUGGACCGAUGGCAGCUUUUAUAACCUCACUGCUCCAGGAACAAUACAACUGUUGUACAUGAAAAGGAAUGAUGAAGACUGGAAAGAAUGCCCUGAUUAUAUCACUGCAGGAGAAAAUAGCUGUUAUUUCAACACAUCAUACACCUCUAUUUGGAUACCGUAUUGUGUUAAGCUUGCCAAUAAAGAUGAAGUAUUUGAUGAAAAAUGUUUCAGCGUUGAUGAAAUAGUACUACCUGAUCCCCCUGUUCACCUUAACUGGACUCUGCUAAAUACUAGUCAAACUGGGAUCCAUGGGGAUAUCCAGGUAAGAUGGGAUCCACCGCCAACUGCAGAUGUUCAGAAAGGAUGGAUUACUCUGGAGUAUGAAUUGCAGUACAAAGAAGUUAAUGAGACAAAAUGGAAGGAGUUAGAACCCAGGCUCUCAACAAUGGUUCCACUGUACUCUUUGAAGAUUGGAAGAGAUUAUGAGAUACGAGUCCGAUCAAGGCAGCGUACCUCCGAAAAAUUUGGGGAGUUCAGUGAAAUCCUUUUUGUAUCUUUUUCUCAAACAGGCCUUGAACUUGUUCAGUGUGCUGAAGAAAUUGAGUUUCCAUGGUUCUUAGUUGUUAUCUUUGGAACAUGUGGGCUGGCCAUAACAGUGAUCUUGAUCCUGCUGUCUAAACAACCAAGGUUAAAAAUGCUUAUUUUUCCUCCUGUGCCAGUUCCAAAGAUUAAAGGGAUUGACCCAGACCUCUUGAAGAAAGGAAAGCUAGAUGAAGUGAACUCCAUCCUAGCCAGCCAUGACAACUACAAGACACAGCUUUACAAUGACGACUUGUGGGUUGAGUUUAUUGAGUUGGACAUAGAAGAUCCUGAUGAAAAGAACAGAGCCUCAGAUACCGACAGGCUCCUGAGUGAAGAUCAUCUGAAAUCACACAGUUGCUUGGGAGCAAAGGAUGAUGAUUCCGGACGGGCCAGUUGUUGUGAACCAGAUAUUCCAGAGACAGACUUAAGCGCAAGCGACACAUGUGAUGGCAUCUCUGAUACUGAUCAGUUCAAAAAGGUAACUGAAAAAGAAGAUGAUCUGUUGUGCCUUGAUAGAAAAGAUGAGUCAUUUGCAAGCCUUGCCGACACAGAAACUGAGCAUCUGCAUGUGAGUGCCCAGUCCGAAAAUAGCCAGCCAUGGUCCCCUUUUGCAGACAGCAUUGAUUCAGCUAGUCCAUCUGUCCAUACCCAGCUAAGUAACCAGAAUUCACUGACAAGUACUGACUUUUACGCGCAAGUGAGUGAUAUUACUCCAGCAGGCAGAGUUGUACUUUCACCAGGCCAGAAAUACAAGAUGGGGAGAGCACAGUGUGAAGGCUGCACAGAACAAAACUUCACCAUGGACAACACCUACUUCUGUGAGGCAGAUGUGAAAAAAUGUAUUGCUGCGACUUCCCAGGAAGAGGAUGAGCCACGUGUUCAGGAGCAAAGCUAUAAUGAGGAUGCUUACUUCACCACAGAGAGCCUUACCACUACUGGUGUCAAUCUUGGAGCUUCAGCAGCAGAAAACCCAAGUUCAGAGUUGCCUGUCCCAGACUAUACAUCUAUUCAUAUUGUUCACUCUCCACAAGGCCUUGUGCUCAACGCAACCGCACUGCCUGUGCCAGAAAAGGAAUUCAACAUGUCUUGUGGCUAUGUGAGCACAGACCAGCUGAACAAAAUCAUGCCAUAACUCUUCUUCAGCUAGAUGUGUGCAGUAUUUCACGGCAGAGAGUCAGCUUGGGCUUCUGUGCUGAAACCAAAUUGAAGUCUAAAAGUUUCUCGUGGUUCUUAUAAUUUUACCUGAAAUGUUGCAACAUAGUCAUCAAAAUAUUCCUAUUGUGCUCUGUAAAUAUCAUCUGUGAAUUUGUCUUGAGACUGUUUUACUAGCAGUGACUGUCUUGUUCUUGUGGGUGUUGAUUUAUGUGAUACUAAACAUUGAAAUCACUAUGUUCGAUGUACAGUAAAUCAUGCAUUUUGAUAAAGCUAAAAUUCAGGUGGUUUAAAGUCUAAGAACUUAGUAAAAAACCAUGCUGUUGGCAGAGAUCUUUAUAUCAGUAAUUGGGAACUGAACAUACAGGUGAAGAACACAAAAGUAGCUUGAAUAAAUAACACACCUAUUUUGAUUUAUAUAAAUUAAUAAAAUAUAUUUUAAUAUUUUAGUCAUAAAACAAAUGCAAUUACACUACACACUAAUCCAGUUAUGAUAGCCAUCUAAGGAAUGCAGUUGCUGCAAUCUUACAGAGUUUUCUGUUUUAUAAAAGUUUUCUUUGCAGCAAAAAAAAAGAUUUUUACAGAGCCAUUUUAUACCUCCAAAGAAAUCUGUAGAGAAAUUUUGAAAUAUUGUAGAAAUAAAGUAACUGAUUCUAUUACUUUCUUAUGAUAAGUAAAAUGGAAUUACACAUUCAAUUUAAAGUUUUGUAGAAAACUUUAAAAUACACAAAACGUGGGCAGAUUAUUCUGUUCUUCAUCAGAUUCUGAUUAAUGCAACUAAUAUACCUUUUUAUAAGCAAAAUCUUGCUGACCACAGCAUUAAACAGUGUGCAACUAUAUUUUCACUGAAAAUUUUUGAGAAUACAUGAAUAAGCUCCAGUAAUUUAGCAGCAUAACCUCUUCACAUUUGAGCAACUUGUGAACCCCUACUACAGCCAAAGGUAUUGCUACCCUUACUAGUUUGUGCCAGAUAAAAGACUUGAUUAAAAAAAAUAAAACAAGGACUUCAGGAUUUAGCCAGCAGUUCAUUUUUAAAGAUACAGCAGGAUUAAAAUACUUCAGUGGAACAAGGGGAUUGAAUACAGUAUUGUUCAAAAAUGUUUGUUUUUGCAGCCUAACUGCAUCUCCUCUGACAGCGUUAGGCAGACUGGCAGAAGGACAGGAGAGAAAACUGAAACUCAGUGGGAAAACUCCCUUUGUUCUUGUGUUUAUAAAGAACUUAAUGGAGCUUUGCAAUGAGCUAUUACUGCUUCAGAAGUUGCCUUCCUAUGCCGUGUCUUCAUCAUAGCAGGGUUAUUUUUAGACAGUAAAUAAGGAUGUUCAUUUCCUUUCCCUAACCCUAACAGAAGUGUUUUGAAGUGCAGCAUAUGCAGGUCUUGCUCAUGUCUCCCACUGAACUCACUCAUGCUCUCUUUGUGACCAACCGCUACAGGACUGGGCCCAACCAUUGGGUGGGGUUUUUAAGUUUAGCACGAACUUUAUGGUAAAUGUGCAUUAGUCUGCUAAUUUGCUGCUAUAUUUUUCUAACAGCUACAUUAUUUAGUUUCAUAUAAAAUUUCAUAGAUGAUAGACACUAAUGCAAGUAAUGCCUAUGUGUGUGUUUGGAAGAAGUUUCUUACUCUGUUUCUAUUGCCAAAAAUAGUUAAAUACCUCAGUCAAACUCAGAAUGUCAUUUUGGUACUUUACUGGUCACACAAGCCAUUAUACGCCGGUCAGAAGAUGUAUCUUUUGGUUUCUAUUUAACUUCCCUUAUGUCAAUGUUUUGUUUGUUUUUCUCAAAGUUUAAUAAAUGUAUUGUCUUUGAUCUGUCC